CCCCAACCUGAUGGCAGCCCCAAGGAUUCCCUCUCAACCCAGCGACAUCAAAACCUCAACUCCGAUUGAACACAAAAUCAGAAAUUUUAAAGACUGUCAGGUCCCCGUUCUACAGAUGUUCGCGUCGUAAGAUUCGAUACUUUGCUCUGAUCAUGUUGAUUAAAUCCUUGAUUUGUCCUCGACUAGGACGCGGCUGCUUGCAUCAAGGCGUUACUUAGCAGUGUGCUGUGUUCUCAUUCGGACACCGUAGCCAUUUUGGCUCAAGACUUUGUCUUGUUGUAGCCGAAGAUGGUGGUCUACUUCUAUCUGAAUCAAAGACGACAAAGCCGCCACGUGAGGACAUUCUCAUUCCUCGAGAACAGAAAUGAUACGCACAAGCAAAUGGUGUCCCUGUUCUUGGUGAUCUUCCUGCUGCAUGAAGAUUUUUCCGAUGAUGAUCGUACUGAGAAUGAUCUGCUAUUGCUCUUUUUCCACCAGCUAUCUUCCUCACCUAGUAAAAA